GAAAUGUUCGGUACAUCAGGAUAAGCAAGCCCCACAUGCGUGUGUACUUGUAUGCCUUCGCCCAGGACUGUCAGCCCCAAAUUGUACAUACAAGGAUAUCCCGAAUGGCGACAGUUAUGAAGUUGGUAUUGGUCCACUGAGCAACUUGGACAUGACCGUGUACCUAAUGCAUCAUUGACCAUUUUCGCACCCAGAGCAAAGCCGUUGCAGUUAUAAUGAUUUUGCGCGCAAGGGCGUUUGGCUCCCAGGCGACGGGCAUCGGUCCGACGACCCGAGCCGGUCAUUGCUUUCGUCCUCAUUUACCGCAUCCUCGCAAUCCAGUACUCAAGCAAAGUAGAGAGAAUGAUGGCAAGCGCGUAGCUGCUUUAAAUGAGAAGCAAGCGGCGGACACCUCGCAAUGUCCUCUUGCAACACCUCAUCCAACCAUCCAGCAGCCCAACCCAGACGACUUGCGCGAUUUCGAACAUCCAAUAUCCGUUGAGGAGUUCCGGCGGCUGGGUUACCAGAUGGUGGACCUCAUGUGCGACUACCACUCCUCGCUGCAGGAGGGGCGACCCGUGAAGCAGGACGUGCAGCCCGGCUUCCUGUCCGGCCAGCUGCCCCCCCGCCCCCCAGAGCACCCGGAGACCUUCCAGGAAGUCAUGCGGGAUGUGCAGCACAUCCUGAUGCCGGGAGUGGUUCAUUGGCAGUCUCCCUCCUUCUUCGCCUACUUCCCCUCCAACGCCUCCUUCCCCGCCGCGCUGGCCGAUAUGUGGGCGGGGGCGCUGGGCAUGGUGGGGUUCAGCUGGGCGGCGGGGCCGGCGAGCACGGAGCUGGAGAGGGCCAUGAUGGACUGGUUGGCGGACCUGUGCGGCCUACCUCCCGCAUUCAGGUUCGACAACAGCAGCAGCAGCAGCAGCAGCAGCGGGGGCAGCGGGGGUGAGGCCUCUGUCAGCGACGGCAAUGGCGCCGGUAGUGCUGCUGCUGCUGCUGCUGCUGGCGACGGCGCGGACAGUGCCGCCACCUCCAGUAGCAGCAGCGGUAUUGCCAGCAGUGACGGG